UUCAACAACUGCAGCCUCCUCCGUAGCUCGCUAGCCAACAAAGUCGGAACAUUCAAGUUAUUCAGACAAUUUCGUGGUUUAUUUGCCACUAUGAUUUAAACAUACUUAUGUGGAAACAACCAGCUACCCCAUUUAAUAUUUACGUUGUAAGUCAACUAUCUUGCUGGUUAAGUUAGCACUAGUCUAGUCGCUAAUGCUAACUAGCUAUUAUCCCCGACCAUGAGUUCACCUAACUACUCUCCUCCUGAUAAAGAAGAGGUGGUCUGCUGGAUGGAGAAAGAAGCUCUCGUCAAAGAGGAGGAGGAAGAGGAGGAUGUUACAAUACAAAAACAAGUAGAGUAUGAGACUGUUACCGUGAAAGAAGAAAAGAAAGACGUUACAGAGAAAGAAGAGGAAGACGCGUUCAGAGUGAAAGUGGAGGAGGAUGUUACUGUGAAAGAAAAAGUGAAAGAUGUUACAGAGAAAGACGCCUUCAGAGUGAAAGAGGAGGAGGAGGAUGAAGUGAAAGAAGAUGAAGACGUUUUUGGAAUGAAGGAGGAAGAGGGGGAGAUUACUGUCACAUUAGAGGAGGACGAAGAAGAGAAGACUGGAGAACUGAUUAACACCAGCAAAUACAGAGAGAGAUGUGACUAUCGUGGAAUCUCUGGGGAGCCUCAACAGCCUCAUGAUGCUGACAGGGCAGAGAAGAGUCUCUCCAGAUCAGAACUCCUCAAGAAACACCAGCAGAGACCCACAGGGAAGAAAUCUCACUGCUGUUCUGACUGUGGGAAAUGUUGCAAAUCUUCAUCAGAACUUAAAAUACACCAGAGAACACACACAGGAGAGACACCUUAUAGCUGUGAUCAAUGUGGGAAGAGUUUUACUAUAUCUAGCCAUCUGACUGCACACCAGAGAACACACACAGGAGAGAAACCAUAUGGCUGUGCUCAAUGUGGGAAGAGUUUUUCUACAUCUAGCCAUCUGACUGUACACCAGAGAACACACACAGGAGAGAGACCAUAUGGCUGUGAUCAAUGUGGAAAGAGUUUUGCUAAAUCUAACCAUCUGACUGCACACCAGAGAACACACACAGGAGAGAAACCAUAUAGCUGUAAUCAAUGUGGGAAGAGUUUUUCUACAUAUGGCUCUCUAACAAAACACAGGAGAGAAACCAUAUAGCUGUAAACAAUGUAGGAAGAGUUUUUCUACAUCUGGCUAUCUAACUAACCACUAUAGAACACACACAGGAGAUAAUCCGUGCUGUGAUCAAUGUGGGAAGAGUUUUUCUACUAGCUAUCUAACUAUACACCAGAGAACACACACAGGAGAGAAAUCGUAUAGCUGUGAUCAAUGUGGGAAGAGUUUUUCUUCUAGCUAUCUAACUAUACACCAUAGAACACACACAGGAGAGAAACCAUAUAGCUGUGAUCAAUGUGGGAAGAGUUUUACUUGGUCAAAAAGCCUGAAUAUACACAAGCGGACACACACAGGGGAAGAGAUACUCUGAUAAAAGAUUUCUGAUUAAACAUAAAAUACAUGAAGGAGUUGUUUCAUGAUAUCAAUGAAAUAAUGUCACAAUGUAGAAUGUUUUAACAUUGUAGGAGUAUUUUAAUGAUGUCACAAUGUAGAAUGUUUUAACAUUGUAGUAGGACUAUUUUAAUGAUGUCACAAUGUAGAAUGUUUUAACAUUGUAGUAGGAGUAUUUUAGCAUUGUAGUAGGACUAUUUUAAUGAUCUCACAAUGUAGAAUGUUUAAACAUUGUAGUAGGAGUAUUUUAAUGAUGUCACAAUGUAGAAGCCUAAACAUUUGUCCCUGUUACACUUCCCAAGUUGGUGACACACUUGAGUCAAAAUGCAACACUUCAAAAUGUAAUGAUCUGUUUUCUACAAGUUGUUCUCUAACCAGGGAUAUUUUUUUUUUUUUUACCUUUAUUUAACUAGGCAAGUCAGUUAAGAACAAAUUCUUAUUUUCAAUGACGGCCUAGGAACAGUGGGUUAACUGCCUGUUCAGGGGCAGAACGACAGAUUUGUACCUUGUCAGCUCGGGGAUUUGAACUUGCAACCUUCCGGUUACUAGUCCAACGCUCUAACCGCUCUAACCACUAGGCUACCCUACCCUGCCGCCCCAUAUACACGUUACUCCCAGAUUCUGUGUGGCUUUUGAGCUGUUAGUUUUAACAGGACGUGCAACCUCAUCUCCCUUCUGUCACACAAUUGAUUUCAACAUGAUAUCGUUGAGUGAUGACAAAUAAGUGUUGCGUUCCUUCGUUUUGCGACCCCUAAAUUUAAAUGCAUCACUCCCAAAUGUAGCUGGCUGUCUUGUGCAGGUUGUCCUCUAACCAGUGAGGUAAAAUGUAUCUCCCAUUUCCAUGUGUUUUUUUUUUAGUUUCAACAGCAUGUACAACCUGAUUUCCCCCCUAAUCGAUAUCAAUGAUUUAUUGCUACUUGUCAAAAGAACAGCGUUUCUGAUGCUUGUGCAGUUUAUAAGGAGCUUGUUUAAAAAAUACAAGUAAUGUGAUUCUUGUGGCA